GAGGAAAUAAACAUUGUGAAUAUAGAUUGAAAGUAUGAUUGAGUUUAUUUUACUCGUAAAUAAACAAGGCCAGACAAGACUAGCGAAGUAUUAUGGAUAUAAAGAACAACAGAUAAGAGUUGCAAUGGAAGCAGAAAUCGUCAGAAAAUGUCUUGCAAGAGCAGACAAUCAGUGCUCAUUCUUUGAAUAUAAAACUAUAAAGAUCGUUUAUAGACGGUAUGCAUCUCUGUUUUUUAUCAUGGGAAUUGACAAUGGAGAGAAUGAAUUGGGAAUUUUAGAAUUUAUGCAUAAUAUGGUAGAGACAAUGGAUAAAUAUUUUGAUAGUGUGUGUGAAUUAGAUAUAAUGUUUAAUCUCGGUAAGGCUCAUAUGCUUAUCGAUGAAAUGGUCACAAGUGGCUGUAUUGUGGAGACCAACAAGGCUACUGUUAUGGCACCCCUCUAUGCACUAGACGAGAGGUGAAGUCAAAAAGACCAGGAGGUUGUUUUAAUUCAUCUGGAAUAUACCUAUCUUUGGACGAAAUUGCGUUGGGAAUGAUUUAAGGGAGUUGAAGGACAUUGGCUUCACUUGCACUUAAAAGAACACAAAAAGAUGGACACAAAGUAUUUGUUAUAUUAUAUAAAAAUUUCUUCGAAUAAUAACAAAUUGGUAUAUGCAACGAUAUGGAAUUGAAAUAUCGUAGAAUGUAAAAGUUUACUAGUUGUAAAAAAGUUUAUAACGGGUAACAUUGAUGGCUAUUUACAAAGAUAGUUCUAUCAAAACUAUUUGCUUUCGACAGGAAGAGGUAGGCAUUGGGCCACACAAAUCUCAAAGCAAAAAUUAUUAAAAUCUAAUAAAAGCUAAUUUAAAAUAAGCAAGAAUGUCCAGUGUUCUUUUCGCUUAAUUGUUUUUGUCUAAAAUGGUAUAUUCGACGGAUAAUAACAGUUUUUUAUUUACUAAAACCUCUAAACUGUACGUCACCUCCUUGAAUGCCUGUUGCAAAUGCUUUAUUUCUACUAAACUCUUUUUGAAGGCGACAACAUAGCAGGUUCAUAAUU